AUGACUUGGCUCUCCGGCACCGGCAAUUCAAUCUGUCAUCUAUUCUCACACGACAAAAGAUACACGUCUUCUACCAUACUGGCGCCGCCGUCUAAUCUGGGGAUCCUCUCGUUCGAAACAGCAAGGAUUAUCUCCCGUCUUGUCUCUCUUUACCGGUCUCUCUCCGAAGAUGAAUUACGACGGCUGAGGAUGGAAAUCAUGAUGUCCAAAGGUGUUUGUUACUUGAACUCUAGAGAUGAGCGGUACCUUCUUAGUUUGGCCGGAGCGGAGAGGUUGGAAGAACUUGACACGGCUGCCGAGGCCGUGUCUAGACUGGGAAGAAAAUGCACCGAUUUGGAGCUUGUGAGGUUUGAUUUUCUAUAUGCUGAUUUGAGACUUGGAGAUAUUGAUAUGAAGAAACUUGAUUUUUGUUCUAAAACCGUGCAUAAAAUGGUGGAGAAGCUUGAGAAAUUGGUGGGUUUUACAGCGAAUCUCUACGCUGCCAUGGAAUCGCUUACCGAAUUGGAGAAUUCGGAGAGGAAAAUGAAUCGGUGGAAGAAGAAUCAUAAUAAUACAGACCACCGCAGCCACGGACAUAUCAAACAGUUAGCUAAUAAAACCAGUAAUUUUGAUCAUUUUCAUCAGAAAAUUACCUACUUAAGAAAACAGGUUCAGCAUUACAGAGAUAUCUCGCUGUGGAAUCAGAGCUUCGAUAAAACAAUUGGGUUCAUGGCCAGAAUCGUUUGCGUAGUUUUCGCAAGAAUUGAAACGGUUUUCGGACCAUACAUUUCUGGUCUUCAUCUUCACCUUCAUCACAAUCCAAAUAAGGUUUCAAAUUUUCCAGACUACUGCCUCUUAGAAGAUAGUAAACUAUUACAUUCUCAUAAUCGAAAAUGGGCGUCCUUGAAUUGCCAUAUUAAUCAUAACCACCAUUAUCAUCAUCACCACCACAACCACCGCCAUCACCAGAAUCAUAGGACAUUCCACCCCAGCGGAGUUUUAGUACCAAUCGAACUAGAAGAUGAUCACAAAAAGCACGAUCAUCACGGUAACCAUCUAGACAUCGCUCACAACAGAGUUUCAGGGCUAGCUCAGCCUUCCACAGUGGGCGCCUCGGCGCUGGCGGUCCGUUAUGCGAACGUGAUCAUAACAGCUGAACGUUGUCUUCACGCCCCGGACACUGUGAACACAGACACGCGCGAGGGGCUGUACGAGAUGCUCCCGGUGAGGCUGAGGACUACGGUGAGGUCGAAACUGAGAAGCCAUUGGAUGAAGAAGAAGGAAGAAGAGGUGGGGGAAGGGUGCGAUGGUCAUGCCCUUGCAAUGGGGUGGAAGGAGGCGGUUGAGGAGAUCAUGUCGUGGCUGGCUCCCAUGGCUCAUGACACUAUGAAGUGGCAGACGGAGAGGAACUACGAGAGGCAAAAGUACUUGGAAGGGACUAAACCGACGGUGCUGCUUUUGCAGACCUUGCAUUUCUCAGAUUUGGAGAAGACGGAGGCUGCCAUUGUUGAGGUCUUAGUUGGGUUAAGCUUCGUUCAAAGGUUCGAGAAUAAUCGACGACGUUCUGGUACUGAUCUUCUUCAUCAUAAUCACAAUCAUAAUCGUAUUUAUCAUCAAUUGUUUCAACCAUUUCGUCGUUAG